UUUCAUGUUAUGUCUACCGCAUGGCAUGGGAUUUAUUAUGAUUAUUAUAUACGGGUUAUUACAAUAAUUAAAUCCUAUUAACUUAAAUCUGUCAAUAACUCAUUUUUAAUAUAUAUGUUUUGAACACUUGAAUAAGAUAAAAUGCAAGUAUCUGAAAUAGAUAAUGUGAAAAUUUACAAUCUUAGUGCUGGAAAGUCAUUACCAGAUUGGUUAACAGAAAGGAAGAAAAGAGCACUAUUAAAGAAAAAUGUAGAUUUAAGGAGAAGAAUAGAACUCAUCCAAGAGUUUGAUAUGCCUGGUGUUAGUACAAGUUUACGUGUAUCAAAAGAUGGUCAGUAUAUUAUGGCUACUGGUAUAUAUAAACCAAGAAUAAAAUGUUUUGAUGUGAAUAACUUAUCAUUGAAAUUUGAAAGAUGUUUGGAUUCUGAAGUUGUUACAUUUGAGAUAUUAAGUGAAGAUUACACAAAAAUUGUAUUUUUACAAUGUGAUCGAUAUGUUGAGUUUCAUGUGGGCCAUGGUCGGCAUUUUCGUCUCAGAGUUCCACAUUUUGGAAGGGAUAUGAAAUAUCAUCGGCCAUCCUGUGAUCUUAUAGUAGUCGGAGCUUCAAAUGAAGUGUAUAGAUUAAAUUUAGAAUUGGGACAAUUUUUGGCGCCAUAUGUGACAAAGGCAACAGAGAUAAAUUGUUGCAGUGUGAAUGAAGAACAUGGCUUAUUAGUGUUUGGCACAGAAAGCGGUCAUGUGGAGGCUUGGGAUCCUCGUACUAAAUCACGACAAGGAAUUUUAGAUUGUGCUCUCCAUUGUUCUGAUGCAGAAUAUAGAAAUACAAGUGUGCCUUCCAUAAGUGCUCUAAAGUUUAAUGGAGCAUUGCAGAUGGGUGUCGGUACAUCAUCUGGCCAUGUUCUAUUAUAUGACAUUAGAUCCAGCAAACCUCUUUUAGUUAAAGACCAUAUGAAUGAAAUACCCAUUAAAUGUAUAGAGUUUCAUAAACAGAUGGAUUAUGUUUAUUCAAUGGAUUCUAAUGUUGUUAAAAUUUGGGACAUUAAUACUGGCAAACAGUACACAAAUAUUGAAUCGUCUGUAGAUUUCAAUGAUCUAUGUGUGAUUCCUAAUACCGGUUUAAGUAUGAUGGCUGUUGAAGAUCAAAAAAUGCAAAUUUAUUAUAUACCGUCAUUAGGUCCGGCUCCUAGAUGGUGUGCCUUCUUAGAUAAUUUAACAGAAGAAAUGGAGAGUUCAGCUUCACAAACUGUAUAUGAUGAUUACAAAUUUAUUACAAAACAGGAACUAGAAUCCUUAGGCCUUGAUCAUUUACUCGGUACCAAUUUAUUAAGAGCAUAUAUGCAUGGGUAUUUCGUGGAUGUGCGGUUGUACAAGAGAGCAAAAUCAAUAGCCGAUCCAUUUGCAUUUGAAGAAUAUAAAAAACGUAAAAUCAGAGAAAAGAUUGAACAGGAAAGACCGUCCAGAAUCAAAGUUGAGGACAACUUGCCUAAAGUCAAUCGUGAUCUCGCAUCUCGGCUCUUGGACAGUGAUACGCGAAAGAACAAACAAUCGGUUAAUUUGCUUAAAGAUGACAGAUUUAAGGCUUUGUUUGAAAAUCCAGAUUUUGAAGUUGAUAAAGGUGCUGAUGAAUAUCGAUUACUGAAUCCAGUACUUGCAAGACUUGAGAAGAACAAAUCUAAACCCAAGCAGGAGACGGAAGAUAUGGAGAUUGCAGAAACAGUGGAUAAAGAUUCUGAUCAAGAAUUAUAUGAAACCAGUGACAGUUCUGACGAAGAUCGAACGUGGACAAAGGAAGUGAAAAAACAACACAAAAUAAUCAGGAGGAAGAAACAAGAUGAAGAUGAUGAAGAAUUGGAAUCUGAGAAUGGUGAAAAAGUGUAUGAAUUUACGAAAGCUCCUAAAACAGCUAAUAUUAGAAGUGUAAUGCAAGUUAGCAAAAAGAGCUUAGGAGAGAGAUUAGCUAGAGAAGGUUCAACUAUAGUGACCGGUACAGCUGGCAACAGAGAAAUGAAGUUCUCUAUGAGAAAUAAGAAGAAGUCAUCAGAAAAUGAUAAGAAAAUGAAGAAGCAUUAUGAAGAAAGGAAACAAAUAGUAAGAAGAACUGGCUAUUUGACCAAAAAGAGACUCCCAAAAAUGUUAUGAAAAUAAAGU